UCCUUGGAGUGAGAGAGAGUAGUGGGAGAGGGACAGACAGGGUCACAGACACAGGGACACAGACACAGGGACAGACGGGGGACACAGACGUGGGUUCCCCGGGAUUCAGCUCCCGCUGACCCAGUCUUUGGGACAGUUCCCAGUCUAUUGCUGCUUCCCUGUUUACAGUUACCAUGGAGACCACUCCACAGUGUGUCAACAACACAGCUUCCCUCUCGGUUUUCCAUGAGACUCCCCUCCUGUCCAUGUCUCAGGACAGAAUCUCCAAUGAUGCUUACAACAAGGACACCAGCCCUGACAAGAUGUACCUGGGAGCCCGAGAGUACUAUGCGGAGGAUGGACAGGUCUGGACACUGCCCGUAGUCAGGAAGGUUCAGCGGCAGAUGCUGACUGACCCCACGCGCUGCCUCGAGUAUUUAUCGGUGCUGGGACAGCCCGAGUUUAACAGGGCAUCGACCGCCCUCAUCCUGGGCGGAGAGAGCAUUGCUAUUGUGGAGAACAGGGCCGACAGUAUCCAGGUUCCAGGAGCAAAUGCGGCCCUGUUCAUGGCCGCACAGUUUCUCAAGCGAUGGUUCACCAUUACUCACCCUCAGCCAACCACUGUCUACGUCUCGGAUCCCUGCUGGGAGUCACACACAUUCGCCUUUCGGGAAGCUGGCUUCACCGAUAUCCGCCGUUACCAGUACUGGGACAGCGAGAGGGUGUGCCUCGCCAUUCCACAGUGGCUGCAGGACAUGGAGAACGCUCCGGAACAUUCCAUCAUCGUGCUACACGUCGCAGCUCACUGGCCGACAGCCACGGAUCCGACCCCUGCCGAGUGGAAGGAAAUCGCCGAGGUCAUGAAGCGGAAGAAACUGUUCCCUUUCUUCUUUGUGACAGCUCAGGGCCUGGCGAGUGGAGACCUGAACAAAGAUGCCUUUCCCAUCAGGCACUUUGUCACUGAGCGCUUUGAACUCUUCUGUGCCCAGUCCUUCUCCAAGAACUUCGGCCUAUACAGGCGAGGGCAGCACUACCUCAGGAACAUGGCGAAGCGUUUGAUGCUGACAAGGGAGAAGCUGUCGGAGGAGCUGCGCACUCUGGGAACCCUCAGGCCACUGAACUACAUCAGCCGCCAGAUCGGACUAUACAUAUUCGCCGACUUCACAGAUUCGGAGAUUGAGUAUUUGAAGAAGAGGAGGCAUAUCCACCUGACGUCCAUUGGCCAGAUCAACAUCAGCCUGAUCAACAAUCAGAACCUGUCUUACGUGGCACGGUGCAUCAGUGAGGCUGUGCAGGCGGCAGUCAAACACCCCGAGACGGCACAGGCAACUCAGCCUUCGUCGCAGGCCGCCCUGCCCGUCUCCCAGCCCCUUUCCCCCCAGUGAACCCUUUCUCUUCCUCAACAGCGAGGUGCUGAUUCAGCGCGAGGGGGGCAGGUUGCCAU